GCACCAAUCAACAUGUGUUUCUUUAUUAAUCAGAUUUUUAUUUAGUAUUGUGUUUUCUUUCGAAUACAAGGCUGUUAUGAUUUAUGUUGUUUUGGUGUUUAUUUUGGGUUUAUAUACCUUUAUAAUCGGAGAAAAUUGUCAUAAAACACAAUGUUCAAAUGUAAUUGACUAUGUUUGCGGCUCAGCCGAGUUCCGGAAUGGUAUCCGAAUUAUAGGAACGUUUCAUAAUAUUUGUCACUUGAACAGAAUGAAGUGUCGAUUGAAGUAUAUUUUAGACAUUGAACAAGUUCAUCACACAUUUUGUAAUUUAAAAAGGACUACACGAACAAGCGGUCGUAGAGUAUAUGAUUUUAGUAUAGUAGGCGCCCACCAAGCUUGCAAUCACACUUGCCCAACGUAUUGCAUAGACACCUACGAGCCUGCGUGUGCGCAAAUUUGGAAGUCAAACAUGAAAUCGUAUAACUACCGGCCAAUGAUCAAUCAUUGUCAUAUUGACUUAUUUUCCUGUGCUCUUGGAGUUAAUGUUACUAUACAGCCAUUAGGAAAAUGCUACAAAAAUCCAUCCGGGCUUCUCUUUAUGUCACAGAUUGCAGCUCUGAAGUCUUUGAGGUUGAUAGACGAUACUUCUCCAAAUCUUAGGACUGACAAGUUUCCUUCAUCUGUUAUUAAGCGCCGAAGGUUGGAAGAACACGAGGAAUAUUAAUAUUCAUAAAUAUAUCAUACUAGCUAUAGCUUACGGUUCUGCUCGCGUGAAUCAGUGCAUAAAGUAUUAUAUGUGCUAAGAUAGGAUGUAACCCUUACCUUGUAUUAAAUUUCAUUCUAAUCUUCUAAGUACUUUUUACACAAAAUUUCGCAUUUGUAAUAUUAUUAGUUGUAUUAUUUUAAAUACUAUGAUAUUAUUAAAAAUUGUAAAUGAUUAUUAAAUGUAAAAGUAGACUCA